GAGUGCGGUAGUGGCUGUAUCCCGAAAAUAGGACAGUGGGCGCUGAGAUGAGAGCGUAGUUGUGCCUGCUUGAGGGAGGUAUCCCUGACUCUUUGGCUUUGCCCAAUUGACCCCAAUUGACUAUUCCACUCCUGCCCAAUCAAAUCGCACUGCAUGCAUUUUAAGCUGUGUAGUCACGGUUUGUUUAUCUUUUCUGAUCACUUAUUACUAUGAAACAGGGACCAAAAACGGUACUGCACUUCUCUCAUCCUCUCCAUCCCUGUGAUGCGUCUUGUCUCUCUGUUGUCAAGCAGAGCACUCACAGCAACCCCAUCCUCUUUAUUUCCCCUCAACUUCUCUUCCUCCUUUGCUUCUUGCUCCUCCUUUACGAGAUCACUCUCGUCCUCGAGCCUCUCCAGGAUCUCCGUCCUCCCUUCCUUCUUUACACCCUCCUACCCAUACUCUCCAUCUCCUCCGCCGUACUCCUUUCUCACUUCCCCUCACUUUCUUGCUGCCCCGCCUCUUACUCCCUAUCGCAAAAAGAGCCUUGCCAAAUUCCCACAUCUCCACGAUUACCUCGACCCCAUGACUAGCCAAGCCAAAGAAGAAGCCGAACAGCGCUAUAGCGCCGCGGCAGCCAAGGCUACGGCUGAGCAUGCUUUCCCGUCCAAACUCACUGGCUGGGAGUUCUACAGGUCGAUCGGAUCACCAAAGUACAUUGUCGCACCCAUGGUCGACCAGUCUGAGCUAGCCUGGAGGAUCCUCAGUCGACGGUACAAUGCGGACCUGUGCUACACUCCCAUGUUCAACGCCAAGCUGUUUGCCAAGGAUCCAAAGUACAGGGACGAGCAUUGGGCAGGACUGAAGGACGGGCUAGGUGGCGGAGGACCGAACGACCGACCGCUGAUUGUGCAGUUUUGUGCAAACGACCCAGAAUAUUUGCUGCAGGCUGCGCUCAUGGUUGCGCCGUACUGCGACGCCGUCGAUAUCAACCUCGGAUGCCCCCAGCACAUUGCCCGGCGAGGGCACUACGGCUCUUUUCUUAUGGAAGACUGGCCCUUGAUCUCGUCUCUCAUCUCUACACUGCACAAACACCUUCCCAUCCCCGUCACUGCCAAGAUCCGGGUCUUCCCCGAGGUCGAAAAAACAAUCGAAUACGCGAAAAUGGUUGUUGAGUCUGGCGCGCAGCUCUUGGUCGUUCAUGGCCGACUCCGGGAGAUGAAGGGCCACUUGACAGGCCUGGCGGACUGGGACAAGAUCCGUGCGGUGCAGGAAGCAGUUGGACAGCUGGUCCCCGUUGUUGCGAAUGGCAAUAUGCUCUACCACGACGAUCUAGCGAGGUGUUUAGAAAAGACAGGAUGUGUCGGCGUCAUGUCUGCUGAGGGCAAUCUCUACAACCCCGCGAUCUUUACGCCGCAACACCCAGAGUCUUGGCAUCUGGCCGAGGAAUACCUGACGAUCUGCGACGAACUCGAUACGAAGGUCGCAUAUACCCGCGGACACCUGUUCAAGAUCUUCAGACCCAGCUUGGUGGUACACACGGAUCUGAGGGCGGAGCUAGGCCUUGCGAGCUCGAGAGAGGAGAUGUGGGCGGUCGCACGCAAGCUGAAGGAGAGACUGAUCCAGGACGCAGACGCCUCGCGAAUGAGUGGGGAGAACUUUGACGGACGCGUGGAUGGGCAAGGGUUCCCGAUCUUGCCGCACUGGCUUGCACAGCCGUAUUUCCGACAGCCCAUGCCGGAGCAGACAAAGAAGGAGGGUGAGAAUGACGCUCCGGCCAAGCGGGGCGCGGACGACUCUGUACAGGUAAAUGCCAACGGCACAACAUCUGUAACAGGAGAUGAGGACGCGGGCAAGGCAAAGAAGAAAGCCAAGAAGACCAAGGUCAUCCCCAACCUCUGUCAAAGCGCCGGAUGCAGAAACACGUACUCGGCGGCGUGUGUGCAUCAGAGAUGCAAGGGCUGUUGCCGUAGUCAUCAGCAAGACAUCAAUGUGUUCGACUGUGCAACACACCAGAUCCGGUCCUUGCAGCACCAGCAGAAUGUGACAACAUCGGAUUCGCAGCAGAUUAUUGAAGCUAUUGUUUUGGGGGCACAUGUUAAGAACUCGAACCCAGUAGAGGCUGUCUCUGGAGCCAUCGCAUCCGAUACAAGCGCCGACAAGGCAGAGCAGAGUAUUGCUGCCUAGAUUUCUUUUGUUCGAAUGUUGUGUCCGACGCCGGUCCAGACCAGGAAGCGAGCGGGCCAACGUGAGGAACGGUAGGGUACUGCCGAAGGGCGGCGGCUCGACUCGGAGGAAGAUGAGGACGAAGACGGGAAAGAUGGUGAAGA